AUGGCCCUCGAGGGCUACCGGAAGUCUCACGGCCGCAAGACUGUCUCCGCCUCCGCCGGCCGGGGACUGCUGUGUGGGACACUGGGCUCCAUCUGCGACCGCUUCAUCUCGGUGGAGCUGGUGGACGAGAGCCUCUUCGACUGGAACGUGAAGCUGCACCAGGUAGACAAGGACUCGGUGCUGUGGCAGGACAUGAAGGAGACCAACACCGAGUUCAUCCUGCUCAACCUCACCUUCCCCGACAACUUCCCCUUCUCGCCGCCCUUCAUGCGGGUGCUCAGCCCGCGCCUGGAGAACGGCUACGUGCUGGACGGCGGCGCCAUCUGCAUGGAGCUGCUCACGCCGCGCGGCUGGUCCAGCGCCUACACCGUGGAGGCCGUCAUGCGCCAGUUCGCCGCCAGCCUGGUCAAGGGCCAGGGACGGAUCUGUAGAAAGGCCGGCAAAUCAAAAAAGUCCUUCAGCCGCAAGGAAGCCGAAGCUACCUUUAAAAGUUUGGUGAAGACGCAUGAAAAGUACGGCUGGGUCACCCCGCCCGUGUCCGACGGCUGAUGUCCCCGGCGACGUGCGGUAGACUCUUCAGCCACCUGUCCACACACACACACGAAUUCCCGACAUCUCCUCCUCAACGCCGAGCAUCCCCCACCCUUUUCUACUCUGCAGCCGGAACUGAAUCCUGAAUGCCAAGGAGACGUUUAAGUUAUUUAUGAACAGAUGUGUUUACAGGGAGAACGAGGGAGUGAACGCUGUUCGGGAUUAGGUUUCGAUUGUAAAUGAGCGGCCAUCUCGAAGUCACUUUAGAACACAUGUUGAGAUGGUGCCAUCCCCCAGCCCGCCUGCCCCUGUGCCUGCCCCUCGCACUGCCCUUAGCUUCUUCCCAGACAGUGGCCCCGAAGAGCAGGCAGGAGAGCCAGUGCCUGCUGCUCGCCCACUUCCAUGUACGUGGUACCGUUCUUGUUUCCUAGGAACGCCCCGCAUCGCUGUGCUCUGUGUCUGUUUCUCUCCCUGACAGGUCAGCAUAACUUGGAGACGUGUCUUUCUGUGGCCCCGUGUGACGACAUGUAGACCUCAUUUGUGCUAUGACCUUCGGCUCCUGAAAACACGAACUUAAUAUCACCAAGUUCUAGAGAUGGAAAAUGACAGAUGUCCCCCGGGGAGAAUGUGCUUUCUCUGCCUCCGCGGUGGUGUGCACCUGUCCGCAGCGCCCCGAGACGAGAGGCAGGGGUGCUGUGGCCACCGUGGGUGCACAACGGUUCAGAUGCCGGGUGCACGCUCCCCGGGGCUCCGACAUUGGGACAGCCUCUUCAGUAUUCCGGAACGUUCCUCCAACGCUGCAUCGUGCUCCUAUCUUCUCUCAGCUCGUCAACCCACCACCAAAAGCAAAAGACAAUUUCCCAUUCACUGAAGUCAUCUGACUCAUUUUAUUAUCUGUGCUAGUGACAGGGAAUCUGAGAACCGCCAAGGGUACCAAGUGACCAUACGAGGACUUGCAUGACUGGGUCUGUUUCCUCACCCUUCAAGUCACUUGUGUGUCCCGGGGAGGGGAGGGGGGGGCCGGGCUGCGUGAUGCGCGAGCACCCUCGCUGUGAUAUCAACUUCCUGUUAUUUAAUCUCCCACAGUUCAUUUUUCUCUUCUGUUAAGUUCCUUAGAACUUUCUAAGAAGUUCCAUGAAAUGAGGAAAUACUGUUUAUAACAAUACGUGGGGAGAGGUUAAAAUGUUCAUUCCAGGUGGAAAAAUCUUAUUGGACACAUUUUAAAUAAAAUCAUGCAUACCUGAUGCCCUGCCUCAAGAAUCCAAUCAUUGGGGGCUGUCCUUCCACUUAAAAUAUUUGAUCUGUUUUUA